GCUCCAAGGUCUCCCCUUCCCUGGCCCUCCCCCCAGCUGGAGUGGGGAGGGGGCGGACCGUGGGGGAGGGACCCAAUCGCGGACGCAGCCAAACAGGUGUCUGGGGUCGCCUCCGGGACCGCGGCGUGCGGGCCACUUUCUGCCGGCAGCGACGCCGAGGCGCGGGGCUGUGGUGGCCGCUAUUCUGGAGCCGCGUCCUCUUGCCACCGGCUCUUCCCCUUUGCCCUCGCCUGCCGCUUGCCUUCCUUGCACGCUGCCGGCCGUCGGGCGGCGACAGUGAGGCGUGAGCUUGAGCUUGGACUCCGGGGCUGGCCGGGCAGCCUAGCGGUUCCUGCCCCGCCGGACCCUCCCCGCCUCCUCGGCCCCGGGAGCCGGGCGGGCGCGCGGGCUAGACUGGGCGCUCAGGUGCGGACACCUUCCGAGAGCCGCCGGGCUGCCGCCCCGCGAGCGCCCGCAGAGCCAGCAGCACCUUGCUCCAGAGGCAGGGGCUUUUAACGCCGCACUCUGGGAUCAUCAGAAAUACACUUUCGGGAAAUGGCCUCUAAAUCCUGGCUGAAUUUUUUAACUUUCCUCUGUGGAUCUGCAAUUGGAUUUGUUUUAUGUUCUCAACUAUUUAGCUUCAUGUUGGGAGAACAGGAUAACACCCAACCUAAUAUUCUUCAUAAUGAUCCCCAUGCUAAACAUUCAGAUGAUAAUGGACAGAAUCAUCUAGAAGGACAGAUGAACUUCAAUGCAGAUGCUAGCCAACAUAAAGAUGAAAACACACACAUCGCUGAACGCCUCUAUCAAAAGGUUAGAAUCCUUUGCUGGGUUAUGACUGGUCCUCAGAACUUAGAGAAAAAGGCCAAACACGUCAAAGCAACAUGGGCCCAGCGUUGUAAUAAAGUUUUGUUUAUGAGUUCUGAAGAAAAUAAAGACUUCCCUGCUGUGGGAUUAAAAACAAGAGAAGGCAGAGACCAACUAUACUGGAAAACAAUCAAAGCAUUUCAGUAUGUUUAUGAUCAUUAUUUAGAAGAUGCUGACUGGUUUAUGAAAGCAGAUGAUGAUACGUAUGUCAUACUGGACAAUUUGAGAUGGCUUCUCUCAAAAUAUAACCCUGAACAACCCAUUUACUUUGGGAGAAGAUUUAAACCCUAUGUAAAGCAGGGGUACAUGAGUGGAGGAGCAGGAUACGUAUUGAGCAAAGAAGCCUUGAAGAGAUUUGUUGAAGCAUUCAAAACAGAUAAAUGUACACAUAGUUCCUCCAUUGAAGAUUUAGCAUUGGGGAGAUGCAUGGAAGUCAUACAUGUGGAAGCAGGAGAUUCCAGAGAUAACACAGGGAAAGAAACUUUUCAUCCUUUUGUACCAGAACAUCACUUAAUCAAGGGGUUUCUACCUAGAACCUUUUGGUAUUGGAAUUAUAAUUAUUAUCCUCCUAUAGAGGGUCCUGGCUGCUGUUCUGAUCUUGCAGUUUCUUUUCAUUAUGUUGAUCCUACAACUAUGUAUGAGUUAGAAUACCUCAUUUAUCAUCUUCGUCCAUAUGGUUAUUUAUACAGGUAUCAACCUGCUUUACCUGCGAAUAAUCUUAAGGAACUCAGUCAGGCCUACAAAAGUGAAGAUUCAAAAGUAAAAUCGGAAACCCUUGAAAGAAAAACUUAAACGAAGAGAGGGGUAAAAUGUUUAGCAUUGCACUGAAGAACUUCUCCUUUUCUGAUAUAGAACACUGGAACCCCAGUGAGAAAUUCUUUCUGAGUGAACAUUCCAUAUUAGAAAUCUGCAUAUUAAUAUCUGUAAAAUGAAGCUUUAAGUAAACUGUGAAGUAUGUUAGAAUGUGUUUUCUUACCAUUAUAUGUAUAUAUGAAAACUUUAUGUUUUUAAAGUGGGGGCCAGGCAAGUAAUUAGGAAAGAUGUGCUGCCUACUUUUGACCACAUGUAUUAUUUUCACUGAUAACUGAAACACUUAAAUUUGCUGAAACUACAAAGCAUCGUGUUAGUAACACAUAUGAUGCUGAACAGAUCUGCCUUAAAGAAACAUUUAGAAGGAAUUAUUGUUCAGUGUUGUGUUGUUUGUAAACUUAAGAAUUUCUAUUUCAUUGUGAUAGAAAUGAAUGAUACACCUACAUAUAGUUUUUAUUGAGUGAAAGUUUUGCUAUUUAUAAUUGGCAGUAUUUCUUCUAAAAGAAGGUAGACUGAGAAUGGCACUUUUCUAAAGUGCAUUAAUAAAACCACAUUUUGAAGUUAUCAUUGGCCUUGACUGUAUUAUAUAUUUGAUUCUAGUUAUUUCUUAAUCUUUUACCAAGUUCCUGUUACCUCUUCUGUGUUCAACCACUCUCAGCUGUUAAUAUUUAUUUACUAAAAUUAUUAAAAAUAUUUUAACUUAUUUUCUUUUAUUUUGCCACCAGGGCUAUUUCUGGGGCUUGGUGCUGGCACUUCGAAUUCACUGCUUCCGGCAGCCAUUUUUUCUUCUUUUUUUUUUCUUUCUAACUUUUAUUAGGUAGGACAGAAAGAAAUCGAGAAAGGACAGGGAGAUAGAAAGAGGGAGAAUGAGAAUGAUAGACACCUGCAAACCUGCUUCACCACUUAUGAAGCGACCCCUGCAGGUAAGGAACAGGGGCUUGAAUAUAUAGGCUUAACCAGGAUGCCAACACCUGCACCCACCACCACCGCCACCGCCACCCCCCGUAAUUAAUAAAUAGUAAAUUUAAUGUUACUUGAGAUUGCUUUUUUCUUUUUACAUCUUUGCCACUCAGAAGUUAAGUGGCAUUUUGAUUAUUUAAAACUCUUUCCAGUUACAUAAUUGUUCCUUUCAUUCUCACCCAUCCUGAUAGAUUACAAUUUGUACCUUUCAUAACUUUAAAUUAUGUCCUGAAAUUCAUUUUUUAGGAUCUGAGGUGGCUACUGAUUACAUUGGCAAAGGAAUUUGUAUUUAGGAUUUUGUCCAGAGUUAAUUAAAAACAUAAAAUAGCCUAAACUUUUAUGCUGAAUUGCUACUUGAAGGUGACUGUUUUGCCAGUAAAUUAUUCUGAUGGAACACUAUUCCAAAUUGUUAUCAAACACCUUGCUUGGUAAAUGUUUUGUUCUAAAUUUGUGAUCCUUUGUUCAAAAAUUUUCUGGAAAGAGAAAAAAUUGUUUUCAUUGUAUCAGCAAUAUUAUCUGAAUGUAUUAUAACAGUAUUUUAGACUUUCUGUAAGUUUAACUGUUACAGAUUAUUUUCUCUUAAAACUGAUUUUACUUUACUGUCAGAUUAUUUGACUUUUCUCAUAAGUUAAUAUCUAUUGUGCCAAAAUAUGUCAUAAUCACAACUCUGUCUAGAUGUAUGUUUGAGAAGAUGCCAAUUUUAGUGACUAAUUAUGGAUUGAUUGCUCUGCCCACAUGCUGAAAACUCACAUCAUUUUUACUUGUUAAAUUAGCCUUUGUUAUUUUCAUGGUGCUUUCUGUCAAUUUUUAAAGGUGUUAAUAUUAGCUAUUCUUUGAAAAGCUCUUCAUCUCAGUGUGGACAUGAAUUUGUUUGCAGUUCAUAUAUGCUGCUCUUCUGUAUUAUUUAGAAUUACCGAUGGCUUAUCAUAAAUAUCCCCGGACUUUUAAAUUUAUUCAUAGGAAGUUAACAUCGUGAUAAGUCUUGUACUCUGGUGUAAGACUUCCUAGGUUUAAAUUCUUGCUCCAUCACUUAACUAGUUGUAUAACCUUUACCAAUCUGUUUAAUUUCUCCGUGGUUUAAUUUCCCCAUCUGUAAAUUAGAGAUGAUAAUACUACCUACCUCACAGGAUAUUUAUGAGGAUUAAAUGAGUGAGUAUGUAUACAACUUAGAAUACUGUCUACACCAGAGUAUUAGUGCAAUUAGUAUAGUUUUUUGUGACUUUGGAGUGUGAACACUUGAUUUAAGUGAAUAAAAAAUCUACUGUACUCAAAUCUGAUAUUGAAGGAAAUAGUUCUUAGAAUAAGUAAUAGCUGUUUUUUAUCUAGUGCCUACCAUGUUCGAGGUACCAUGGGUAGAUACUCUGGGCAGACUAGAUUUAAUCCUCCCGAAUUGAGUAUUACCAUGUAUAGAUGAGAAAACUGAAGCACAGAGAAUUAAAGCAACUUAUUCUUUGUGAUAAAGCUGGUAGGUAACAUAGCUAUUAUUUACAUUCAAAAAAGCCUGGAACAACUUAUUUGUACCGUGUAAGUUUUGAGAGCAGUCACUUAGCUUCUAUUCAUGCUUUGGUGAUACAUGGCAUCUAUUAAACUGGCUAUUACUAAUCAAGUUAACUAAAUUGCCAAGUGGUUCUCAAACUGGUUUUUACAUGCUUGCCUGGUCACUUGUUAAAGUACAGAUUUAUAGAGACUCCAAUUUCAGAAAUUCUGAUUGUACAAUAGUGUGUGGCCAAAGAGUAUGUGUUCUUAGGCGAUACCCUAGGGCAAUGGAUCUCGAAGUGUGGUUGCAAAAUUAUCAGCAACACCUAAGAACUUGACGGACCUCUUCUGGUCCCAUUCUUUGCCUAUUGUAUCCGAAACUCUAAUUUUGAAUGCUAACACUUAUGCUUAAACAAGCCUUUCAGGUGAGCCUUAACUCAUGCUAGUUUGAGAACAGUUGCUCUAAAACCCAAGUGAUUGUGUUGCAAAUGGUCAUUGGAACUUACUGAGGUAUAUCUCUUAAACGAGGGUUAUCUCUCAAGAUUUAGACAAGAUAUUUAAGAUAUAAGCCCCAUUUUUUUAAAUUGUCACCAGGGAUAACCCCUCCCCCCCUUUUUUUAAUGGCCACCAGAUAACCCUGCCUGCAGAAUGAAUUCACUGAUCCUGCCUGCCAUUUUUCCCCUCUCCCCUUCCUUUAUUUGAUAAGACAGAAAUUGACAAACUUCAAACAGUUUGUGAAAUUUCCCCCUGCAGGUGUGGAGCAGGGGCUCAAACCUGUGUCCUUGCACGUGGUGAUGUCCGCAUUUAACCAGGUGCACCACUGCCUGGUCCUCAAGCAUAGUUUCAGUUUUUGUAUUGGGUGAUCACACUACAUUAAAUGUAAAAGACUUUAAAGAUAAAAAGUCACUGAAUUACUCCGUUUUUUAAAAUCUUUAAUUCUUUGGCUAUAGAGUGACUAGGCCUCACAACAAAAUCUGUAUUUCUCCAUGGGGUCAGGAGUUUCAUUAAAUUUUAGUAAUACAAUUUUUUUAAAAAACACACUUAAAGGUCAUAAAAAUUGUCCACAGAUGUUAAUAAAAAUUUUUAGGUAGAGGUAGCAUAUGUGUUUAUAAUACACAAAAUGUUUUCUGCUAGUGCAUACUAUUGAGAUUUCUUCAUUUCCCAAGAAUCAGUUGACUGUACUCUAUGCUAAUAAAGCAAAAAAAAAUCUCUAUUUAAUAAAGCAUAUAAAAGCAGAAUUCAUGAUGUUAAUGACUUACCAUCUUCUAAAAUAAAAUAUUUGUCAUCAGGAUAAAUAAUUUUAAUGUCUCAAUACUAAAACAUUUUUCUAUUUAUCCUAUAACAAUAUACUAUAUUUUCUUGUGGGAAGUUCAUAGAUGAUACAAAGCAAUUUUGUUUUUUAGUCCCAGAAUUCAGUUGUUUUUAAUAACUUAAAUUUCAGAGGUGAGGUGUUUUUUUUUCUAUUAGGUGAUUUGCAAAUAAAUCACCACCAGCUUUAAAUAUUUUUGAAAUAUGGUAAUUAAAUUUGAGCAUUAAGUGUAUGUACUAUUUUUAACUUCCUUAAUUCUAUCAAACUAUAAUUCCUACUAGGCUGACACCUAAAUAGUUUCUCACAUGAUUAUAUCAAAUCUUCCUAAAAUUUCUGUUUUAAUAUUCUGACAAUUUCAGCUUCUUAAUACCAUUCAUAAAUAGUCUCCACUUUUUUUUUUUUUUUUUUGCCAGAGCACUGCUCAGCUCUGGUUUAUGGCAGUGUGGGAGAUUGAACCUGGGACUUCAGAGCUUCAGGCAUGAAAGUCUCUUUGCAUAACCAUUAUGCUAUUCCCCCAUCCUAGUAUCCACUUUUUUUUUUUUUAAUAUUCCCCUUUUUUGCCUUUCUUAUUUUAUUGUUGUUACUGAUGUUGUUGCUGGAUAGGACAUAGAGAAAUGGAGAGAGCAGGGGAAGACAGAGAGGGGGAGAGAAAGAGAGACACCUGUAGACCGGCUUUACAGCCUGUGAAGUGACUCCCCUACAGGUGGGGAGCUGGGGCCUCAAACUGGGAUCCUUACGCCCAUCCUUGCUUAACACCACAUGAGUUUUACCCGCUGUGCUACCGCCUGACUCCCUUAUAGUAUCCACUUUCUAACUACUCUUCUUCCAGUCUUCAUGAAGUUAAUUUGGCUGUUACUAACAAUUGGAAUUUGAAUUACUUAAUGAUAAUUUUAUACCUGUUAACUUUAGGUUUCCCUAUGAGACUGGAAACAAAAGUUUGUCCAAGAGUAAUGCCUGCUGGCUCUUAGGAUAUUAGCCCUACUUAAAAAUCCACACGUUUAAACUAAGUCUAAAUAUAUAGUUAUUAAAGGAAGUGAAGUCACUUGGAUUUCACCAUUUCUACCACGCAUAGCUGCUCUCUUCUCGCUCUCUUUUUUUUUUUUUCCACUUGGCUUGCUUCUCUACUUCCUCAAAGUGGGCCUGACAGAAAUAUACUUAAGAAAUUUGAGAAUAACCUGUGGUUUGUUUUAUGCUAAAUGUAAACUAUUUUUUAACAUUACAUGUUUAUAUAUCAGAGAUGAAAGUGAAAUUUUAAUACAUUCUAGAAAAGUAAAAUUUACAAGGUCUCUUUAGAGAAACCUACUCUAGUUUUAAGGUUGGAUAGUGAUCUAUUUCAACAUCUUUACCUCUUUAGUUUUCAGUUUAUAUUAAGUUUAAAUAACUUUUCAGGACCCUGAAAAUAAAUAAUCCAUGUAAAGCAUACUAUUAAAGGGAAACUAAUCUUACUGCUAAGCAGUGUAUUAUAUUACUCAGUGAAUGUUUGUGUUUGGAAACUUAAAUUUUAUGUAAGGUAAUAUGGUCAUGAAUGGUUUAAAAAUGUCUGGUGACUUGCUUACUUUAAGUGAUCACCAAUCCAAUAAGUCAGAAAAAUUGUAUUUUUCAAUAUGUUUUUUAAAGUGCCUUUUUAAACAUUUUUAAAUAAUGGAUUUUGAACAACUGCAUAAAAUAAAUUCCCAUGUUUAAAGUU